ACGGUAUAUCGUAUGUCGUUGCUACUGCCAGACUGCCAGUACACAUUGCACAUGCGCGAAAAAAAGCGAUAUUCGUAAUAGCUUCAUAGCUUGCGCGUGUAUGGUUGACGAUCGCGUUGCUGUUUAUGCCGGUUAUGCAUCUCGAUUCUCGACUCGAUUCACGUUCGACAAUGACAACCGUAGAAGAAAUCACGAUGAAGCGUCCACAUUUUCGGCUGAAGGUUGACUUGUCGAAGUUCUUUCAGGAUGCACGUCGAUUCUGCUGGAUUUUUAUUGACGGAACGAAGAUCCAACAGGUUAUUCACAUGCAGGAACAUAUUAGCAAAUUAUUCAACAUCGCGGAACCAUUCCAUUUGUUGUUGAACGAGACUGAAUAUCUGCCACCAAUAGAAGAUAUACGGAUACUUAAGGAGAACGAGACUAUUUUGGUAGUUCCUGGAUCGGGUAUAAAUAAAGAAGUUUCUAUUGUUGUAAAAACAAGCAGUGGUUUUAUACAUGAUGAAAAGACCCAAACAAUAAAUAAUAAGGCAGGGAAACAGGAAAUGGUUGUACAGGAUAUAUCUAAUGAUACUUUCAAUAAUACACAACCAAUAAGUAAUAUUACAAGAGAUAUGACUUUCUACAGUAUAAAUGAUAAUACGAUUGAUCAUAGUGAAGAAGAUACAGACUCUAAAACAGAUAACAAUGUAACGGAAGAUUGUAAUAUGACAGAUUCUAUUGCAUCUGUUGGAAAAAGAAAACGAGUACGAAAACGAAAGGCAAAAAAUCGAUCUCAGAUUGUAUCUCCGUGUGAAAUAAUUGAAGAAAAUAUAUCAAAAGAAUCAAAAUGGAAGAAACCAAAAAUAAUAGAUUCCUAUAUUAUUCCAUCUAGGAAACAUAUACGAUUUGAUAACAUGGAAAAUGAAAAAAAUAUUGCAAAACAAAUUGUACAAGAGGUAUCUAGAAAUGAAUCUUGCUUAAGUAAAGCAUCAUCUACAAGAGAUCUUUCUACACUUCUAGCAUUAGGACAAAGUUCGACGCCAUUAACAUUCCAUAACGCCAUAAACAAAAAAUUAAAAAACGCAAUUAAAAUGGAGAAUAUAUUAAAUGAUGAGAUAAAAAGCAAGAAUUUAAAUAAAAUUAUGGAGGAUAGUACAGAAAAUAAAUUAUGUACUAAAGAAUCUAAGAAAGAAGUACGAAAUUAUAAAAGCUGGCAUGCUGAGCUAGAAAAUGUUCCAGUCAUGACUAGAAAACCACAAGUUAAUGAAAUUAUUGCUAUUAAAAUUUUGAAGAUCGGCGAAGAUUACACACCUCAGAUAUCUAAUCCUAUUCUUGUUGAAAUAUUAGAAGUGGAAGCAUCUACUGAAGAUUAUACUCUUCAAAUACUUGAUGGUAGAGAAGAAGUCCAAGUGCCAUUCGGAAAGUUCUCUCUUUCAGAAGACGAGUCUGCAAGUCCUGAUAGAAAUAAAUUUAAACUUAAUAUUUCACAAAUGAUAGAACCACGCUUAAUUUCUUCUGUUAAUUCAUAAUUUUCUGUUUUAUAUAAGUACUUUUAUAAGUUACUAUAUUUUAACUUCAUUUUCUGUUCAAGACGCAACUAUGUAUUUUUUAAGUGUUUAACUUGUUAAUUAAUUUUUUAUGUUUAGUUUUAUUAUAUUGCUUUAAUUCAUUGCGUUUUUUAAAUUAAUUUUAACAUAUCGAUACACAAUUUAAUUUUACAUUAAUACUUGAGUUGUAUAAUAUAAAGCAUAUUUGAGUUAGCUGUAUACGUUAAUUUUAUAAAUGGAUUACUAAUAAUUGUUUAUGUUUAGAUAGAACAAUUGUUUUUUCUUAUUUUUAUAGUCAUUAUAUAUACAUCUCAGGGAAAAGUGAUCAAAAAAUACUAAAUAAAUGUUACCGCGUUAUACCUAUUUAUCAUACAAGAUUUAGAUAAUGUUUAUAUGCAAAACUUUUGGGUCAUUUAGCUUUACAUUACAUAUGUAAUAUAUAAAAUAAUAUGUAAGAUAACAACUAACUAAAUUGUUAUUAUCAACUUUUUGCAUACUGCAAGAGUCUACUGCAAGAUAUCAGAUAUUUUCAUCAAAUAGUUUCAAAACUGAAAUUGUUUUUUUUCUUUAUAAUGCUAAAUAAGCUUAAAAUUAUUUUGAACGAUUUAUUUUUGAAAUAUUAAUUUGUGUAGCGAUUCUACGUAAAUCUGAUAUAAUUUUAAACGUCAAUAUAAAUUAUUACAUAGUUACAUAUUAAUCUACUUGAUUUUCUAUAAAGAUUGUAUUGUUUAUUCAAUUACAACAGCUGAACUGAAUAUUAA